AGACCGUUUAGAUUAAUAGUGCUAGGCUCAGGUCCAUUUACUGAUUUAGGUUUUAAUAAUAUGGUAAACCAAGGAAGAAUCGGUGUUUCUAAGGCUUUAAAUAUUUCAGAUACAGAUUUUUAUAAUAUUAAAAGUCAAGAUGAUAUGGAUAAUUUAGUAGAACCAUUAGUAAGAGAUGGAUUAGUAGAUUUUGUAAUUUGCUCAAGUUUAGAUGUAAAGGAUGGUUGCGUAUCAAUUGCCACUCGUUAUGAAAAUACUUCAAAAACACAAUUUUUACUUAGAGGUAGUUCAAAGGUCACCAAAAACACUAUGUCAGUUACUUAUAAUUUUGCUUCAAUAAAUUAUAUUAGUGGUUAUUUUGCAGGUCUCCAAACCAAAACAAAUAAUAUUGGUUUCUUAUCACCUGGUGUCACUGCUAACAAUAAUAAUGACUCUUUUGUAUAUGCUUUCUGGGCCGGAGCUAAGCUUGCAAAUCCUAAAGUUAACUUUUUUUAUUAUAAUAUCGGUUCAUAUUAUAAUUAUGACAAAACUAUCCGUGCCACAAAAGAGUUGAUUGAGGUUUAUAACUGCGAUAUCUUGGGUGAUACUCUGGAUGACUUUACUUUGGGCAAUGUUGUUAUAGAUUCAGGUUUAAGAGCUAUUGGUACCAAUGGUUUCCCACAAAGAAAGGUCUAUGGUGAAAAUGUAUGGUAUGCUUACUCUUAUAACUGGACAAAGGCAUUCUUACCUUUCACACAAAGAGUAAUGAACAAUUUAGAUCCAUCCAAACCACACAUCAAUAAUACAAACUCUUAUAUGGAUUUCAGCUCAAAUAAAGAAAAUAGUUUUUUCGAAUUAGACUUUGCUAUUGACGUCUCUGAUAAUAUCAAGCAAGAAAUUUUAGAUCACGUUUAUAAUUUAACACAAACUCCAAGAGCUUCACACCCAUAUUAUUGUAACAAAUUACUUGCCAAUUAUUCGCUCCCAUACAAUAAAACAUCAGGUUGCAUCUCUGCAUCAUCUUUCUUUUAUAUCAAUGCACCAGUAGACGGAAUGACAUAUUUGGGUUUAUAUAACAUUUCUUUAAACGAAGCUAAAUCUUCCCUUUCAGUUCAAUAUGCUUUUUCAAUUGUUUCAGGGCUUUUAAUUUUAAUGGUUUUGUUUAUGAUGCUAGGUAUCGCACUUUUUAAUAAAACUCCUUCAAUUCGUUCAGCUUCUCCAAUUUUCCUUGGUUUCAUUUUAAUUGGGGGAAUGAUUGUAUAUAUUGGAGGUAUAGUUUGGGUUAGUCCAGUUUCUACACAUCAAUGUAAUGCCAGAUUAUGGUUAGUUACACUCGGUUUUACAACUUUAAUUGGUUCAUUGGUAAUUAAAAACGUAAGAAUUUGGUUAAUUUUCGACAAUCCAGAAUUAAAAGCAAUUAAAAUCACCAAUUAUCAACUCUUCCCAUGGGUCGGUGCAUUCUUACUCAUCAAUGUCCUUUUAAUGGGUAUCUUAACCGGUGUUGGAGACUUAAGAAUGGUUGAAGAAACUGGUAUCGAUGGAAUUGGCAAAUACGAAUUCAUGAAGGUUUGUAAAAUGAACAGUCAAGGUGCUGCCACUCUUUACACUAUUCUCGCUUACUUUGCAGCUCUUUUAUUAGUUGGUGUUUUCGUUUCAUGGAAGAUUCGUAUUGUAGAUAUUCAUGAGUUCAACGAAUCUAAACCAAUUGCAAACACACUCUAUGCCAUUAGUUUCUGUCUAUUCGUUAUCGUGCCACUUAUGGUUGCUCCACAAGAAAAACAAUCAGAAACUAUUGUUUUAUGUACAGCUGGUCUUUUCAUUACUACCGCAGCUUUAGCAAUUCUUUUCAUACCAAAGUUCUGGAGGGUACUUAGAAUUCAUAGUGGUGGUGAAAGCUCAAGCGAUUUCUUCAGUAAAAAGAAAUCAUCAAAUGUAGCUACAGCACGUGCUGAAAGUGCAAGUAAAGGUUCUCAAGGUAGUGCUAAAAGUUCAGGUAAAGUUAACCGUAGAGGAAAUAUAGUAGAAGAUUUUACUGAUGAUUCAGAAUCAUCA